UUAAAGUCGAUUGCAACUUUGCCCUAUUUUUCCCUCACCACGAAAGAGGUUUUAUCCUGAAGUGUUAAACCCUGAUUCUCCCCAUCCCCACUAAUAUCUCCUUGAUGGCUUUGAGGGCGGCGGCGACGAGAGCCUUGUUCGCUGGGGCAGCUCCCCAGGGUUUCAGUCGCAUGUGUUCAACAGUUACGGCUAAUUCCUUUAUGCCGCCUCCAAUUACGGCGAUGGGCAACGGCGAGGGAACCCCUGGUCGAGAGCAAGCGCCUCCAAGUACCAACCUCUUUGUCUCUGGGCUUAACAAGCGCACUAAUUCGGAGAAACUUCGAGAAGCCUUUUCUCAGUUCGGACGUGUAAUUGAUGCCAGAGUAGUGACUGAUCGUGUAUCAGGAUAUUCUAAAGGGUUUGGUUUCGUAAGAUAUGCCACUAUAGAGGAAGCUGAGAAAGGAAGAGUGGGAAUGGAUGGCAAGUUCCUCGAAGGUUGGGUUAUAUUUGCAGAGUAUGCAAGACCUCGGCCAGAACGAACUCCGCCUCAGAGCAACAUGUCUAAUUCAAAUGGCUAUAAUUCCUAUGGCCGUGAAUAACUUCGAUCUGAAUCAUUUUUUAUUUUAAUCAGAGGCGGGUUUCCAACAGGUCGACCUAUCAUCUCCUUAGCAGAAGAAAGAAAUUAAUUAUGAAUUUUGUAAUGUGAGACUUGAUUGCAAUAUGAAUGUGAUGAACUGAGGUCUAUUAUUCAAAAAUUAUAGGAAAAACAGGAGCAGAUGUUGAAUUAUUUUCAUGGCUGGUAAGAACUCAUUGUAUGAUUAUUUGGUGUUCCUUUCUGUUUUGAUUAUUUACCUAUUUGCAGUUGCCUUUGUUAUGAAAUUAAUUUGCUUAAAAUAAA